UUGUAUUUCAGCUGCUAUCAGAUGAGAGUAAUUUUGGUCAGUUCACUUUGUCGACCUUUGACCUUGGUCAGUAUAUGAGACUUGAUGCUGCCGCUGUUCGAGCCCUGAAUCUACUCCCCAGUUCUACUGAAGGAGGCAACAAGAAUCAGUGUCUACUUGGUCUUCUAAAUAGAUGUCGCACUGCACAAGGUCAAAGGUUACUAGGUCACUGGGUCAAACAGCCAUUGGUGGAUAAAAAUAGAAUAGAGGAGAGGCUAAACAUAGUCGAGGCAUUUGUUGAAGAUACAGAGCUUAGACAGAUGUUGUUUGAAGAUCAAUUAAGAAGGAUACCAGAUUUCCAGAGAUUAGCUAAAAAAUUCCAGAGGAAAAAAGCUUCAUUGCAGGAUGUGUACAGAGUUUAUCAGGCAAUUGAUAAGAUGCCAUAUCUACUGGAAACAUUGGAGAAAACUGACAGUCAGCAUAAAUCACUUCUCAUGGACAUUUUCAGCAAUCCUCUCAAGGAGCUGUUAAUGGACUUUGCCAAGUUUCAAGAGAUGGUUGAAGCCACCAUGGAUCUUGACCAAGUUGAGAACCAUGAGUUUGUCAUAAAAGCCGACUUUGAUGAGGGUCUGACAGCAUUAAAAGAAAAGAUGGACAAGUUAGAAGACAAUAUUAAAGGUCAACUUAACAAGGUAUGUAUGGAUCUUGGUUUAGAGCCCAACAAAGUGUUGAAGUUAGAAAGCAAUGCUCAGUUAGGAUAUUUCUUUAGAGUGACCUUAAAGGAAGAGAAAGUUUUAAGAAACAACAAGAACUAUAUCACCAUAGAUACAAAGACCAAUGGUGUGAGGUUCCAUAACAAGGCAGUGAGAGAACUUAAUACAGAUUACCUAGAGGCGAAGGAAGAGUACGGUGAACAACAGAAAAGUGUGGUGAACGAGGUUAUUGGAAUUGCAGCUGGAUAUGUAGAGCCUAUGUUGAUUAUUAAUGAUAUAUUGGCACAGUUAGAUGUAUUGGUGAGUUUCUCCCAGGUGACAACAUGUGCUCCAAUACCAUAUGUCAGACCUACUGUACUGGAAAAAGGCAGUGGUAUUAUAAAAUUGAAGGAAACAAGACACCCAUGUCUGGAGAUGCAAGAUGAUAUAGCAUUUAUACCUAAUGAUAUACAGUUUGAAAAAGAUAAACAGAUGUUUCACAUCAUAACAGGACCAAACAUGGGAGGAAAAUCUACAUACAUUCGCUCAGUUGGUGUUACAGUACUGAUGUGUCAACUGGGAUGUUUUGUGCCAUGUAGCGAGGCUGACGUCACUAUAGUUGACAGUAUACUUGCUAGAGUGGGUGCUGGGGACAGUCAACUGAAGGGAGUGUCCACAUUUAUGGCAGAAAUGUUAGAAACAGCUUCUAUACUAAGGUCAGCGACAGAGGAUUCAUUGAUCAUCAUAGAUGAGUUAGGGAGAGGUACGUCUACAUAUGAUGGUUUUGGACUGGCAUGGGCUAUCUCAGAAAAUAUAGCGACACAGUUGAAGUCUUACUGUCUGUUUGCCACCCACUUCCAUGAGUUAACUGCCCUUGCUGAUAAAGUGCCCACUGUGAAUAAUCUACAUGUAACUGCCUUGACUAGUAAUGAUACAUUAACGUUGCUGUACAGAGUUAAACCAGGUGUAUGUGACCAGAGUUUUGGUAUCCAUGUGGCAGAAUUGGCACAUUUUCCUAAACAUGUUAUUCAGUUUGCCAAGGAGAAAGCCUGUGAGUUAGAAGAUUAUCAGUGUAUCAGUCUAUCCGGUACGGACCUUGAAGGGGAGGAUGAACCAGCCGUUAAAAAGAGAAAACUUGUAAAACAGGAGGGAGAAGAGCUUAUUACAGAGUUUCUGAAGAAAGCCAGGGAAAUUCCAGUUGCUUCCCUUAGUAAAGAAGAAGUUGCCAAAAAGAUAGAAUCUCUUAAAACAGAUCUUAAAGCUAAAAACAAUUCUUAUAUUGAAGAUAUUCUUGCUCGUAAAAGCUGAAUAGAUGUUAUAAAUAUAUGGG